AUGUCUAGGCCGAAGACAAUGAUCAAGCAGAGUAAAAAGAAGAAAAAGGAACAGAUUUUGGAGGAUGCCGAUGAUUAUCUUGCAGCGGGGGUCGAGCAUGAGGAAUCUGCGGGCAAGUGGCGCGCCGGCGACGCAACGAAAUCUUUGAGGUUCUUCUAUCGGGCUAUCGAGAUCUACGAUCAGGGUCUUCUCAAAUACAGCAGAAACCUUGAUCUGGCUUACAACAAAGCGCGCGUAGAGCUGGAGAUAGCCACUCACCCCACCCUCGUCCGCCACGCGGACCGUCCUCUAACGUCAGUCCUCGAAGCAGCGCUCAUAUCGCAUCGCUAUGCUCUCGACCUCGAUCCCAAUAACGCCGACACCCUCUUUAACACCGCACAAGUUCUUGUCAGCAUCGCCGAGGCGCUCGCCAAAGAUGACAACCGCACUAACGAUGCUUUACAAUUUCUGGAAGAAGCCCUUGAGAUGCAAAACCGGUGUCUAAGUGUGCAAGAACUCGAGUACGAAGAAACCGAGCAACAACGGCGAGCCAUGGUCGAAUCACAGGGGCAGGAUUCUUCCCAACCCGCGAAGGAGACAGCGUCUCCCACCGCCGUCGCAGCCACCUCCCAGGCCAGUGCCCCAUCUUCAACGACCGCUGCCGCAGAGGACCAAUGGUUUUCCGUCCUCUCGCCCACGACCCCCGACACCUUGAUCGAGACGAUCCUCGCUCAAAUCAGUACGCUCACAACCAUCUGCAGCAUCAUCGCCGGCACCUUCCCCGCCCCUGCCACCCCAACUCUCGCCUGGCUCGGCUCCUAUCCAGAGGAGAUGCUCACCAGCAAACUCCCGGCCCUCGCCGCCGACGCCUCCGCGCCGCGUCUCCAAGAAAUCGCGCUCACAAAAGGAAACUUCAUGAGCCGCCUGCUCGAGGCCGGCUUCCGUCACCUGACCCUCGACGCCAGCACCUACCACGACGAACUCACCACCGCUUUCGCGGUACCCGAGCUGCAACUCCAGUCCCACCCUUCCACCGAUGCCCUCACCGCGCACGCCGAAGCUCUCAUCCUCUACGCCACCGCCCUCGCCGAAACCCCCAACGCCGAGCCAGCAGAGACCUCCUACCCCUUCGCCCCGCAGCGCUGGGCCGCCCUCUCCGCCGCCGUGGCCUCGCUAACUCGUGCAAGCAAGCUCCCCGCUCUCGCCGCCACAGACACAGCACGCACUCACUUCCUCCGCGGCGACGCAUCCCUGCACCUGUACAUGUUGGGCCAGGCACCCAUCUCCUUCCCCGCCGCGGUCAGCAACGCGACGCAACUGCUCAAGAACGCCGAGGUCUUCUACCGCAACGCGAGCCGGCUGCAGGCUGGUGAGAACGAAAACAAAGACGAGGACGAUGCCAAGGCGGUGGCGGGCUUGCGGAGCACGGUCGCGCAGGUCUUGCAGGGGAAGUCGCCCGAGGCGCCGUUGGGCAGUGAUACGGGAAGAGAGGAGGCGUGGGUCCGAGAGCAGGUGGCGGAGAUGGUGGAGGAGGGGCUGGUGCCUUCGGGGUUCAUGGGCAUAGUAGCUGCGUAG